AUGACCACAUCGUCUGAGGAUGUUUUACUAAGUGUGGGCCACGUGAGGUACAAAAAAGGUGAUGGAACCCUGUAUGUUAUGAAUCAAAGGUUAGCAUGGAUGUUAGAAAAUAGAGAUACCGUUGCAGUUUCCCACAAAUACGCUGAUAUUAAAACUCAAAAAAUAUCUCCAGCUGGUAAGCCAAAGGUUCAGCUUCAAGUAGUGCUACAUGAUGGAGCAUGUUCCACAUUUCACUUUGUCAACCCAGGAGGUGCAGAUGCACAGGCAAAGGAUCGUGACCAGGUUAAAAUGUUACUGCAGAACCUACUGCCCAAGUUUAAGAGACAAAUUGAUGGUGAGCUUGAAAUGAAAUCAAAGUUAUUGUCCUUACAUCCCACACUGAAACAUUUGUAUGAAGAUUUGGUGAUAUCUAAGGUUAUAAAUAGUGAGGAAUAUUGGAAUACACCCACAUUGAGAAACUACACUGAAUCGAAUAGUAUUAAACAGGAGGCUGGCGUAUCCGGUGCAUUCUUAGCCGACAUUCAACCACAGACAGAUGGGUGCAAUGGUCUCAAAUAUAAUCUUACACAAGACAUAAUAGACGCCAUAUUCAAAACAUAUCCAGCUGUAAGAAAGAAACACAUAGAUUAUGUACCCAACAAAAUGACAGAAGCCGAGUUCUGGACCAAGUUUUUUCAGUCACAUUAUUUUCAUAGGGACCGAAUAGCUUCAUCAUCUAGUAAAGACUUGUUUGGGGAAUGUGCCAAAAUGGACGACCAAGCGAUUGCGUCAGCUAUGAGACAUACCACAUUAGAUCUCACAGUCGACCUGCCUCAAUUUACGGAGCCAGUCCCUUUUCUCCCGAACGAGGAUGAUGUCCCCCACGAAAAAGAGAAGGGAGAAAACGCUUCCAUACAUAGAAAUAUGAUCAAGCGGUUCAACCAACACUCUAUUAUGGUGCUCAAAGCUAGUCAUAAAACAAAUUCUAGUAAUAGUAGUAAUAACAGUAGUAGUAAAACGACAAAUAACAACAAAGUUGUUGAAAACGGCGUCAAAGAUACAAACGGAGUUACGGAGAAGAGACCGGCAGAAGAAUCAAGUAGUACAGAUCCACCGGAGAAGAAGAAGAGAAUAUUAGAAAAGAUCCAUUAUGAAGAUCUGGAAAAUAGUUCUGCUAACGAAGAUAACCAGGAGUUAAAAUUAUCUAAAAUAGAGCGGUAUCUUUUAGGUCCAUCCACACAGUCGCACCAGGCACAUGCACAAACAAGCAACCCCCCACCGCUGUCGGCUCUCGCAUCAAUAUGUCAAGCGUGGUCGAGCGGGCAGCAGUGCGCGCGGCCGGUGCGCGUGAGCGCGGGCGCGGCCGUGGGCGCGCUCGGCGAGCUCAGCCCCGGCGGCGCGCUCAUGCGCCACCACCACGCCGCCUCCAUGGCCCAAUUAAUUCCUUCUGACGUAAAGUCGGAACUACACCGCAUCUACCUGUCGGGUGGGGAGUUACUGCGGGAGCUGUGGAGAUGCUUCCCCCAGCCCGGGGCCAGCGCUGAACCUGACGACACCGCGGCGCGAGCUGAGAAGUUCUAUGAAGCGCUGCUCAGGUUUAGGAAUGUUAAACUGAGGCCUUUUGAGGAGAAAAUGCUUCGAGAUCUAACGCCGCUAGCGACAUCUCUGACCCGACAUAUGAACCAGAUGAUCGACACGGCGUGCGCGAAGUACGCGAUGUGGCAACAGAGGCAGGCCAAGCUCCGGUAG